GCGCCAGAACCAACAAAAUUGUGAUACGUAGCGCUAGUAGAGUGUUUCGUUUUCGAUCAUAAUUCACUCUGCAUGCAUAGCGAUGAGGUGAAAGGACAUUUCUUGCCACUAAAUGCGCUAUAUGUAUCUCAGCUCCAGAUGCAACUGAAUACUGGUGGUGGAGCAUGAAGAUGCAGAUGGAUGCAGCUGUGCCAUUUGAUUUCAAAGUGCAAAAAUUGAGACCAUUUGUAGCCGAUUCAAGGAAAUUAGAUCCGAUAUUAUUAAACUUUGUUAAUGACCAUUCUAUAGAUGGUUGAAUCCAGGCCGAGGUACCGUACGCUUUUAUGGUUGUGGCCUGUGGCUGUGCUGUGCCUGUGCAUGUCAAUUGUCAUCAAUUGCGUACAUGGAGAAGUGGAGUGUUGACAAAUUGGCAUACGGUACGGUACUACAACAGUACCGAAUUGACUGAGCCUGGGAAUGAAAAGGAUUGAAUUAUUGUCACUAGCAGCCGUCGUUAGUCAUGAUCACCACAGAUUAUGAAAAGUAACAGAUGAAUUCUGCUCGGCAAAAGCUGACAACAAGACACCAAGGGUUGAGACGAGUAUUCCAGGUAAAUUGUCAACCGGAGUUCUGUCUUGAUGCAUUCAACCUCUUUUGCUGAUGUAUCCAUGACCAAAGGAAAAAAUCUCGUGUAAGGAUGCCUGGGCAUUGAUCUGAGCCUGUGAAUAAGAUCGAUGCUGUGCAAUCAUUGUUGAGAGUUUUGGCGAUAUCAAGAAUGAGUCUACAUCUUCACCUGAUUGAUUAAUAGAGGAAUAUUGUUCUAAUUCCAACUUAACAAAGGUACAAACCACAAAGAACACUUAUAAUGAAUUGUAGGGGAUGAAUGUUUCUUAGGGAAUGCAGUAGGGAGAUGUAUGGACACUAUUGACAUAGCAAUGUUUUAAUAUCUACUGCUGAUAGUUAAAGCAUUAAUAAGAUUAUCUGAAUGGAACAUUCUUGGUCAUAACUAAACAAAUCGAUCAUUUACAAUGGCAAAGCAAAAGCAAAUCAACCUUCAGGUGCUGCUUCUACUAACUGGAGUAUUCUUCACAGCUCUUUCGGCUGCAAAAGCUUGCUUUGUUCCAUACAUUUCUAUCUACCUUAGACAGUUGGGCUUGACAGCAAUGCAAGUGGGAAUUAUCUUAGGAUGUCAAGGUAUGCUUGUAGCCUUUACAGCAUCCUGCAUUGGAAGGUUCCUUAUCAGAUUCCGUUAUGCCAGGUUGUUCUUGCUUCUUGCUAUCCUCGUCUACCUAGGAGGAGUGCUGGGUUUCACCAUGAUUCCAACAUCUGGAACAGCUCUGUUUGAGGUAUACUGCAUUGGAUUUGUCAAAAACACAAAUGGCACUGCAUCUAUUAAUUCUGAUGUGUCGAUCACAAAAGAAUUGAUUGAACAUAACAGUAGUAAUGAAGAAGUGUCGACUGCCGGAAUGAAGGUCUCCUCUCCCACAUCUCCAGAGAACCUAAGGACAACUGCAAAGAUUGAGACUAUUCAAGGUAGAUUAGAAACCACCACACUUCCACAUGUAGCUCCUGAUGUUGAAAAGAUGCCAGCCUCAGUUGUACCAGUUGAGAAGGUUCAAGAUACAGAAUCACAGGAGAGUCUGGUGAAGACAGUAAAUAAAUUGGAUGGGGUAGAUCUUGGAAGUAUUUCUGAACCUCAAUAUGAAAAUAUGCUUAAGCAUGAUCCAGAUGAAUUUAAUAAGCAGGCAGAAGUUCCAACCCCUCUUAGUUUUCUGAGAAGUCGCCACAGACAAGGCAGCAGCAGACCAUAUCCUCGGAUGGAAGAUGAUUCUUAUCUACCAAGAAAACGGUAUCGUGGUCAGCAGUUCAACAGAGAGCAGAACCCUGGAAGGUAUAUGGAGUCACUGGACACUCUUCCAAACUGGAAUUGGCAAUCUGAAUCCCCAAAAGACUUUGAUACAGAGAGGUACCCUGCAUGGGACUGGGAUCAAGAUCGAAAAGGAUACCAAGUUGAUGAAGAUGAAGAUGAAGAUGAUGAUCGUUAUAAUGAAAAUGUCUUAGAUUGGCUUGUAAGGAGUGGAGUUGGACGUACUUCAACUCGCGGUCAACAUUACUUGAGGAAUAGAGAUAAGAGAAGUGCUGUUACUACCAAUAUUUCCCAAGAAGGAGGAACUACAGGACUGCCAUCUAGUGGAAUCACAAAGGAAAUUGAUGAUGUAUCAUCAAGUGGUAUUUCAAGCACAUUUUGGUUGGCUCUGCUGGUGGUUGUUAUAUCUGGAGUCUUUGCAGGACCCAUUGAGCAUAUGUGUGAUACAGCCUUGUACCACCAGCUAGACAACAUUGAUGAACUGGACAAAUACAAAAGACCAUCUCUCCUUACCAUGCCUGCAUUUGCUAUCAUGGGGCUUGUAUCAGCUCUUGUGGUGGAUAGUACUGCAUGUUUCCUUUAUGGCAAUACAAGUCACAUGACUAUUCAUUUCUUCUUGAGUGCUGCAUUUAUUGGAGUUAUAUUUCUGGUUGGAAUUAUUGUUCCCCUUAGCCACAAGAUUAAGAAUCAGCAAGAAGGCAAGUACAUCAAAAGCAUCAAGUUCUUAUACAGUGAUGGUCAUACUGCCGUAAUGUGUGCCACCCUGGUUGUGACAGCCAUGAUAGCCUCAUGCAGUGAUGGGUUCUUGUUCUGGCUCAUCCAAGAUCUUCAUGGAGUAGAAACUACCAUGGGUGUCAGCUUGGCAGUGGCGUAUAUGACUGAGCUACCUAUGUCAAUGAUCUUUACACCUUGGCUUGUUCAGAAGUUGGGAAACGUUUGGUUACUGGCUUUGGGAACUGCUUGCCAGGGACUCCAGAAUCUUUAUUUCUCUAUCCUGUGGACACCAUGGGCAGUCGUUCCUAUUCAGCUUGUUCACGCUCUUGGUAGAUCGGCCAUCAGAGGGUGUAUCUUGGCCUUUCUGAAUGAAGCAUCUCCACCAGGAAUGGGGAAGGCCAUCCAGGUGACAGUUCUUGCUCUUGAACAAGGAGUGGGAAUUGCCUUGGGCAGCAUCUUAUGGGGUGUCCUGUAUGGAAUUCUAACUGUGAAACUGAUCUUUGUCGCUGCUGCAGUAUUGGCCCUGGUAUGGACAGUAGUCCUCAUCGUAUGUGCUUGCAGACUGCCAACCAAGAAGCGAUUCAUGUACGCCAAGCUGCUGCAGUCAGAUAUGGAGAUGGAUAUGAAAGGAGGGUCCUUUGGUGGUAGUGACUCGGAGGACAAUGAGGAGAAGCAGUGGUUGCAUGAUGCUAUUAGAGGUGAUGAUGAUGGUGAUGAAGAGUAGGUUGAAUCCAAUAAUUACGAAUGAUUCCUUGAUACAUGUAAAUAGGGAUAGAUGUGUAUGUAUUGUAUGUACAUAUGGAUUUGAAUUAUAUUUGGGUAUUUAUUUAACAGCCAUAAUAUGAUAUGGUGAUAUCACAUUCCUCAUGAAAUAUUAUACAUCUAUGUUCACACGUUAUCCCUUUUCA